AUGGGAUUAAAAGAAGCUGUCAUCUACUUAGACAAUCAGUGGAACACAUACUAUGCCGGCCAAACUGUAAAUGGAAGAAUAGAGUAUGUGUUCGAUAGUCCUAAAAAAGUUAGAGGAAUACACGUAAAGAUUAAAGGUGAAGCACAUACUGAGUGGAGUGAGAGUAAACAGGAAGAGGAUACUGAUGGUAAAAGUCAGUCAUCAGAAACUCUUCAUACAGGCAAGGAGGAGUACUUUCAAAUUUCUUACUAUCUUUUGGGAAGUAACACCGGAAACGAAAUUGAGAUACCAUCUGGGAAACAAAUAUAUAAUUUUACUUGUACUUUACCCCCUGUUCUCCCGUCAUCCUUUGAAGGAGAGUAUGGAUAUGUGCGAUAUACAGUAAAAGUCACCUUGGACCGCCCAUGGAAGUUUGAUCAAGAGACAAAAAUGGCUUUUACUGUUAUUAAUGCUUUGGAUUUAAAUCUUAAUCCAUCUUAUAGAGAGCCUUUACAUUUUCAAAUGGAGAAGACAUUUUGUUGCUUUUGUUGUGCAUCACCACCGCUAUGCGUGGAUAUAAGAGCACCUGUCACAGGAUAUUGUCCUGGACAAGUUAUUCCUUUAACUAUUGACAUCGAGAAUAAGAGCAACGUACAAGUACACCUUGUGAAAGUAUUUUUAAGAAAGGUAGUUACAUAUAGAGCUACAUCCCCUAGCAAUGUUACAAAAAAAUCAAAAGAUAUUAUAUUAACAAUUCAAGAGGGUCCAGCUCCUGCUGGGAGUACUAAACAUUGGAACUUGAAUAUGGAGAUUCCUCCCAUUCCGCCUUCUAAUCUUGUCAAUUGUAGCAUUAUUGAUUUGGACUAUGAUGUCAAGGUGGAAUGUGUUGUAUCAGGAAUGCAUAUAAACCUGAAAGACAAGAAGUAUAUUACUAUUGGAACAGUUCCAUUAAUGGGUGUUGGGGCAACUCCAUCUGCGCCAGUACUCUCUGAAGGGGGUAAUCAACCAGCUGUUUUACCAGUUUCUCCUGGAGAAUCUGUUCAACCCUCAGCGCCAGGAGGUGAAGGUCCCGGUGGUUGGGUUGCUCCGGGAUCUGCGCCUGUGCAGCCACCUUACCAGUCGCUGUAUCCUGCCUUGACCGCCCCCGUGUAUAGAGAGUCCCCGUACGGACGUAAUAUACAGGACCGUGAUGAAACCCAGCACAUGGCUAUCACAGGACCUGCUAAGUUUGCGCCCUAUUACCCUACGUACGCAGCAGUUCAACCGCCUCCAUUACCACAGUAA